GAUUUGACUUAAGUUGACUAUAGUUUGACGAGUUUGACUUUAGAAAGAAGUGUGUGCUUUCACGAGAAAGGCACUCAGUACUGGCAAGACAACCCAAAGGACAUGUUCCACAAAAUUUGGAUCGAGAAAGACACGCUUCCUCGAUCAGUCUUAUAUAUGGAUGAAACUUUCGCCCACUUCUAGUCUCAUGCCUGCUACUGCCAAUUUCCCAGGAUGAUCCCGGCUUCGAAUUUCCAGCUACUGCUGCUGGUGUUACUGCUGCUCCAUUCCAUCCACUGGAGAAGUUGUCUUGGCGAAAAUACCACCGAAAGUGAGAGCUCGAUCUUUACCUUUCCAACUCGAUCUGGUGCUUGCUUUUGUUUCCAGGUGGCUCUCGUGGAUCUUCUUCUUCCAAUGUGACGGACCCGAGAGGUCCAAAUGGUCCUGGCGCUGGUGGCGGACCUGGCGGAGGAGGAGGUGGAGGAGGUGGCGGUAGUGGUGGUGGUGGUGACAACGGCGGCGGCGGAAGUGGCAGCAGUGGUGAUCAACCUUCGGGGAGUGGUGACAACACUGGCGUCCUCACUAGAGAUAUGCUCAUUGACCUGCGUGAAGCCAUCCAGGAGACCCAGCAGCAGCUCCAGAGCAUCCGAGAAUCCCUGUCCUUCCCCGAUCUCAAUCAGACUCAGCUCCAAGUGAUCGAGGCACUGUCCCUGGUGGAGGGUCUCGAGGCGAUCCAGUCCCAGUCCGGCAGCAAGGACAACCUCAGCACGCUCCAGAGCGUCCAGGAGACGCUCCAGUCCUUCAACUCUGUCCUGUCCCAUAUGCUGGAGCUCAACCACACGCAGGCGGAGCUCGCGCAAGUCAUGACGUCGGUGAUGCAGCUCCAAAGCGAAGCGCCACCUUAUAGCUAUCAAACGAGUGAUCCCGACUCAGCUGCACCACCAAGAGCUCCGAUCAGCGCAUAA